AACCUUAUCACUGACCUCUUCCUACAUGUUUGCCAUCUUCCAUUAAAUUCAGUGAGCACUUGUCUUUCACACAAAGUACAUUUCAAACUUUUUAAAUUUUGCUCUUUUUUAAUUUAUAAUCUGUUGGUGUCAAUUCCAGGAGAAUCCUUUCUCAAAAAAGAGAUGGGACACUUGUUCAGUUGUUGGGAACGGUGGGAUUCUGACAAACAGCGGCUGUGGAAAAAUGAUUGAUUCAGCUGAUUUUGUUAUUAGGUGCAACCUUCCUCCUCUGGAAAAUGAAUUUAAGAGUGAUGUUGGCAUGAAGACUAACCUUGUGACAGCAAACCCAAGCAUCUUAACAAAGAAGUAUGGGUCACUGAUGGCACGUCGACGGGCGUUUGUAGACAGUCUCCACCAGUAUGGCAACUCCCUGCUCCUCUUCCCUUGCUUCUCUUCUAGUGGUAGUCGUGCAGUGUGUCAGCGGGCUGUGUAUGCCAUUGAAGACAUGGAAAUUCCUAUCCAACCAAUCUUCACAAACCCUCAGUACUUACAAAGUAUGGACAAAUUCUGGAAAUCUCAGGGGGUAAAGGGACUUCGGGCUAGCACUGGAGCUUAUAUGAUUAGUCUGGCUUUGGAAUUAUGUGAAACAGUUCAUCUUUAUGGAUUCUGGCCAUUUAGUAAUCAUCCAUAUAAGCUCUUUCCCCUGACUAACCACUACU